AUGGGAACUUCCACUGUUACGGGAGGAGGCCCCAAUCCGUCUCCACGCAAGAAUGGUUUCCCCCCCGAAAUCAUAGAUAUCAUCGGCCCUGCCCUCCAACUCGGUGGCCUUGCAGGUAUGUCCGGUGUGAUUAUUGGUGGAUUCGCGGGAGUUGUGGUUUCGAAUACACCUAUGCUUUUUGCAUUGGCAUCAGGUGUCCAAUGGUUUACUCUCGGCAGCACGUUUUGGACUGCAAGGGGAUGUUUGCUUAGUUCUUGGGAUGGCGGCAAGAUAACGCCGCGAGAAAAAGUUUCUGUCAGCGCUUUUUCUGGGGGGAUUGCUGGAACUAUGGGGGGCUUCUUACGUGGGCGAAAGAAUAUCGUGCCUGGAGCUAUAAUAUUUACGGCGAUUGGUGGCAUUGGCCAAUAUGUCUACAAUGCUAUGGAUGCCAGAAAGACACUCGCUGCCGAAAACGCUUCGGUCGGCCAGGAGAAGUAUUCAUGGAUGAAUUCGAAGUGGAGUCCAGUUAAACAGCUCUCAGAUGCUGAGUAUGGAGACAUGAUGCGCGAGAAGUUACUCCGUGUCAAUGCAGAAAUAGCGUUGAUUGAUGAGAGUAUAGAGGCUCUUCAGUCCGAGAAGCGCGAAAUGCCUGGCAGUACGCCUCGACCUAAUGGGACGAACGAUUCCAGGUAG